AUGGACAGCAUCAAGCUAACGGAGGAAGAGCGUCUUCAAAGGCAAAGUAUUUGUGACGCCGCAGGCAGGAGAGCCACCAGCACGUUGUCAGUGAACGAGAUGGAGCUGGAACGUCAGACAUAUGCGGCUAACCCCCGCAGCCCCCCUACAGAAAGUCCAGCAACAAACCGAGCUUCCGGAAGAUUCCGUAUCAAGAUGCUAUUUUUCGACUACCAGAAGGUGAGUUCUCCUAUGUUUAGCUUUCAACUCCUUCCUGUAUUUAGAUGACACAGCCUUCUGCCAGCGGGCCGAGCAGUUUCUGA